AUGGUUUUCAUAAUGGACCAUAUGAUGCCUAAGAAGUUUGUACAGCUGCUGGUCUUAAAUUUGAUUCUGACUGAAAUUGUUCUAAGUGGAAAUGUGCUGAUUUGGCCUACGGAUGGCAGCCACUGGUUAAAUAUUAAGAUCAUUCUAGAAGAGUUGGUUAAGAAAAAUCACAACGUAACUGUACUUGCUGCAUCAACAACUCUAUUCAUCAAGUCAAAUCCUGAUUCUUCUGUGAAUUUUCAAGAAGUGCCUGUUUCCUUCAACAACAAUAAUAUAGAUGAUUUAAUUGAACAUAUGAUAGCUCUUUGGCUAGACCAUAGACCAACACCUCUCACACUCUGGAGAUUCUACAAAGAACUAGGAAACCUACUAGAUACCUUUUUUCGAAUUAAUAUACAAAUCUGUGAUGGAGUAUUGCACAAUCUUGAAUUAAUGACUAAACUUCAAAGGGGCGGUUUUGAUGUGUUGAUUGCAGACCCAGUAACAAUCUGUGGGGAUCUAGUUGCUCUGAAAUUAGGAAUUCCAUUUAUAUAUACAUUGAGGUUCUCCCCGGCUUCAACCGUGGAAAGACACUGUGGAAAAAUUCCAGCACCAGUCUCCUAUGUACCCGCAGCGUUGUCAGAGCUCACUGAUCAAAUGACCUUUGGAGAAAGGGUUAAAAAUACCAUAUCUUAUCAUCUACAAGAUUAUAUUUUUCAAUCCUACUGGGGAGAAUGGAAUUCAUACUACAGCAAAAUUCUAGGAAGGCCCACAACAUUGUGUGAAACGAUGGGAAAAGCAGAAAUUUGGCUAAUGCGUACAUACUGGGAUUUUGAAUUUCCUCGACCUUACUUACCUAAUUUUGAAUUUGUUGGAGGACUACAUUGCAAACCUGCUAAACCAUUACCUAAGGAAAUGGAAGAAUUUGUCCAAAGUUCAGGUAAAGAUGGUAUUGUGGUAUUUUCUUUGGGGUCAAUGGUCAAAAACCUCACAGAUGAAAAAGCCAACCGCAUUGCUUCAGCCCUUGCCCAGAUUCCACAGAAGGUUCUGUGGAGGUACAAAGGAAAGAUACCAGAUACAUUAGGAGCCAAUACUAGGCUAUUUGAUUGGCUACCUCAGAAUGAUCUUCUUGGACACCCAAAAACCAAAGCUUUCAUCACUCAUGGUGGAACCAAUGGAAUCUAUGAAGCAAUUUAUCAUGGAGUUCCCAUGGUGGGAGUUCCCAUGUUCGCGGAUCAGCCUGACAACAUUGCUCACAUGAAGGCCAAAGGAGCAGCCGUGGAGGUUAACAUAAACACAAUGACAAGUGCAGAUUUGCUCAACGCCUUAAGAACAGUCAUAAACGAACCUUCUUAUAAAGAGAAUGCUAUGAGGUUGUCAAGGAUUCACCACGACCAACCUGUAAAGCCUCUGGAUCGAGCGGUCUUCUGGAUCGAGUUCGUCAUGCGCCACAAAGGAGCCAAGCACCUGCGUCCAGCCGCGCAUGACCUCACGUGGGUCCAGUACCACUCUCUGGACGUGAUCGGCUUCCUGCUGGCCUGUGUGGCAGCUGCUCUGUUCUUGGUCACAAAAUGUUGUUUGUUUACUUGUAAAAAAUUUGGUAAGACAGGAAAGAAGAAAAAGAGGGACUAGAGCUUUCUCAUCUGGUAAAGGCCGAAAUUGCAAUCCUAUUAAUCUUUGCCCCGUGGCUUUAGGAAAAAUACAUUUCUCAGUCCUAUCUCAAAAUUCUUCUCCACCUUAGCCUCAAGAUAAAUUCUACGAGUCAGCGAUUGUAUUGACAGGGAAAACCCCUUCUUCCUUUAUCUUUUGCCACAUGAAAAUACCCUUUUUUGCUCAGUUUUCUGACAUGAGUGUACUAAUUAUCCUAUGCACAUUAUUUUCAUCAAAUCAACUUGUUCU